AGCCACUGACCUCUAUUGUAGAAAAAGAAAAUACUUUUGAGGUCAAUGCUUACUGGUUUUCAACUUUCUUCAAAAUAUCUUCUUUUGUGUUCAGCAGAAGAAAUAAACCCAGAGACAAGUUAUGAACACAUGAAUGUCGGGCUGUGGAAUUAAUUAAAAUUCAUUUAACAUUAAUGGAGGUUUUCCCAGAGAUGGGUUGCGGCUGGAAGUGCAUCCGCUGCGUAAAAACUUGCUGGAUAAGUUGGCGGUUCAUUCCACUGUGGCGACCCUGGAUUAAUAAAGGGACUAAGCUGACAAGAAAAUGAAUGAAUGAAUUAUUGGAGGUUAAAAUGAUCAUUGAUUCAUAUCCCGGCCCCUUGUAAAGCAGUCUGCAUUCAUUUCUACACAAAGCUGGUAAUCAGGGAAAUCAAGUAGCGGGACUUUUGCAGCAUGGGAUGUGCUUGAUUUAUUCGAGUGUAUACGAGUCAUUCAGAAGUGCUAAAGAGCUCUUGUGCUGUUGUGUGCAUGUGCUCAGCCUCAGAGACGGACAGAACACACACAUGUAGAGUCCUCUUUUAGCUUAAACUGCAUGACUGAAUGCUCAAAUGCAAGCAAAAAUGUGUCACAUAGUGAAGUUUGUGUUACUGUACUUUGUGCCAUUCUGCUUUGGUAAUGUCUUUGAAAUCUGUUUUCUUUCUAGGAUGGUCAUUCCACACCUGUGCUUGCAGAAGUGGCAAUGAUGCUUAGGUUGAUGAAAGCUCCGCGAUGUCCAAACAUCAUCAGAUUACACAACUGGCUUGAGAUUGAGGACAACUGUGUUCUCAUUCUGGAGUACGCAGAGUCAUGCCAGACCUUGCUUCAGUACAUCAAAGACACAGCGGACAUUGAGGAAAACCAAGCACGCCAGUUAAUGCGUCAGUUGAUCCGAGCUAUAAUGUUCUGCACUGAGCGUGGAGUUUUCCAUGGGGAUAUACACACAGCGAACAUCCUGGUGACUCUACCCCGACUAGAGCUCAAAUUGAUCGACUUUGGAUGUGCUCAGCCAAUUACCCAAAAGCCUUUCAAUAAAAGUGACUAUCGAGGAGCUGGACAUGGCAUGCCACCUGAGGCUUUGAGGUGUCGUGUAUUCCAUGCUAACCCGGCAUACGUCUGGACAAUAGGCAUUAUGCUGUAUGAAAUAAUGCAUGGACGACUGGCCUUCAAUAACAGACAGUCAAUAAUGUUUGGCGCAAUUCAGAUACACCCCAGGUUAUCCACAGCAUGCGUGGACCUGAUUUCCCAGUGUUUGAUCCGUAAUCCAGCUAAACGGCUACAGUUACACCAGGUAGAAGAGCACUGCUGGUUCAAUCCAACGACCCCAAAUCCUGUGAAGCAGUUAUACAAGAGGAGAAAAAACUAAAGAAGUGAGGAGGAGGAGAGCACCAUUUCCAGACAUUCACAAGACUGUUAAAGUUAUUAAUUACUCCCUCAUGUCAUUCCAAACCCCUAAGACCUCACUUUUCUUCAGUGUCAGUUCAUGACGUGUGUUGAAGAGAGCUCUGUCCUGCGCUGUAUGUGUGUCGCACUGCUGACGUUUACCUCAGAUGUGCCCACGCUUUGUUUAAAUGAGAGGAAGUCGCGCAGGCCUCUGGGUUAAACAUCAACAGUGUGACACACAUACAGUGCAGUACAGAACUUCUGAAGUCGUAUUUCUGUUUUAUUGUUUUUGUGUUUUUCUU